CGUACUUUUCAUAUGGGACUGCGACGUGCUUAGCACGAUACGAAGUCAGCCUAGCUGGAUUUUAAAUGGUAUUAAAGUGGUUCUAGAUGAAAGGUGUCUAAUGCUAGUUUGUUAUAAAGUCUUAAAAGUUGUAAAUGUUUUAUUCAUAUUGCACAUAAGAAACAUUUUAGUUUUCAUUUUAGGGCAUAUGUUAGACGGAUUGGUGUCAGUAGGAUAGCCAGAAAGCUAAAGUCAAACAUGUUGGGCAGUUCAGUACAGUGACAGUCUUAGAGUGACAGCUAAACAGCAGCAUGGGACGAAAGAAACACGGCAAGUUUGUGCGUCCGGACCACAGUGGCAAAGACAAACGGCACAAAAUGAAAGGGAAAUCUUUAGAGGCCUUUACAGAAGAGAUGCACACUGCUUUGGAAGCAAGUUUUCACACGGAGGAGGGAGCAGAAGCCCCGCAGGUGAAGCUUCCUUGCCCGCUUGCCAUGUGGGAGUUGGGUCACUGCGAUCCCAAACGUUGUACUGGCAGAAAGUUGGUGAGAAAAGGCUUUGUACGCAACCUGAGACUCAAUCAGAGAUUCAAUGGACUCAUACUUAGUCCAAUGGGGACGAAGUAUGUGACGCCAGCAGACAGAGAGAUUGUGGCCAGCAGCGGGGUUGCAGUGAUUGAUUGCUCCUGGGCCAAACUGGAGGAAACACCCUUCAAUAAGAUGGUCGGAAGUCAUCCCAGGUUACUGCCGUACCUCAUAGCUGCAAACCCUGUAAAUUAUGGCAAACCUUGCAAGUUAUCUUGCGUUGAGGCUUUUGCUGCCACAUUCUGCAUUGUAGGUUUUGAGGAACUGGCAGUUCUCUUGUUGAAGAAAUUUAAGUGGGGGACAGUGUUCCUGAAGCUCAAUAAAGUUCUACUUGAUCGCUAUGCUGCAUGUCAGUCAGAGGAAGAGCUCCUCGCUGUAGAGAAGGAGUUUCUCAUGGCUAAACCAGAGGAAGAGGAGGAGUUUGAUCCAUUUGAUGUUAACUCUGGAGUAGAAUGUAUGAAUCUCAACAGACGUCAGUGUGCACCUGAAGAUGAUGACUCUAGUGAAGAUACAGACCCCUCGGAGGAAGAUGACGAAGAUGAAAAAAAAGAAAGUAAUGACGAGACAAGAACAGGCUCACAUCAUGAUGAAGAGGAAGAUUGAAUCACACACUUUACAAUAAAGCAUAUUUCAACUGUUGAUCCUUUUAAUACAAGGACUGUUUUUAAAACAUUCAAAAAAUAUGUUGGCCAAAUGUUAAUGGUUAUGUAUUUUUUGUAUAUACAUGCGUUUAAAGUAAUAAACUUUGUGAUGCAUGUAAACUAAGUAAAAAUAAAAUAAGCAUUUUUUUUAACA